AUGAGACGCAAGUCGCAGAAACCGGCUACGGCCCAAAGGAAAAACAAUCAGGACAUUAGCCAGAUGCUGGCCUCCACCUCUCGAGCCCGAGGGAUUACACCUCCGUGGCCUAUGACAACACGUGAACCACCUACUGAGGAAACCUCCAAGGAGGUAGCCACAGCCUUACCCAGAGCCGAGGCACUGGUAACAAAACAGGACAUACACGAUCUAUUGGAACACUUCCAAUACAUGUUCGCAGCUGAACUGAACAUGGUAAAAACGGAGGUACAGGCCAUGAUUGAUAGACUCCAAGCCAUUGAAGAAUACGUUCAUGAGGUAAAGCAGGGCAUGACCACACAAUCCAUGCAGCAACUGCAAAAGCUACACUCCCAGUUUGCUAUCAGAAUGGAGGCACUGGAGGACAAGGGGUGA